UCUCACCGCGCUAUACCUUCACUUCGUCAAUUCCUCAUUCCACCAAAAGCCCGAGUAUCCGUCGACUUUACGACUUGUACAGCAUGUUAAUUAUCCAGUGAUUAGCAGUUGUGAACAAUUUCUCAGCGCAGUUAGCUCGCUGCUAUCGCCUUUCUACGUGUCUUGACCGGAAGCGAAGUAGUCUUCAUUGUUCGCAUUCGGUUUUAUUGUAUAUGACUGAGUGCCAUGGACCGGUAGAGGAUCCAAAGCGGCUGUGACAUGCAAAACAUCGAAAAUGAUGAGAAGGAUAGGCGCAAGACCAGAAGUAUUUGUGGAAAUCCAGGGAGCAUUGAUCCUACUUCUCGUUGCACUGACGCCCACUCUAUGCUCCGCUGGAAUUCUGGAUCCCUGGCAAUGGGCACGCAGCGACAGAAUUGAAGUUAACAUUCCUUGGCUACCAUUUGAGAAUGAGACGAGAUGCUACGAUGACUUGGGCUGUCUGAACAUCACGAGAAGCUGGUAUCAUCUCAUUCAUCGGCCGCUGAAUGUUUUUCCACUUCCUCGGGAGGUCAUUAACACUCGAUUCAUUCUCUACACUAAUGAGAAUCCCACCGAGGGCCAGGUGUUGAUUGUUGCUAAGGAUAAGUCGAUAAAGCGAUCGAAUUUCGAUCCCAAGAGGAAGACCAAGUUCAUUAUUCAUGGGUUCAUUGAUACUCCGUUAAGCAAUUGGGUGAAGGAGAUGAGGAAUGAAUUACUCAAGCAUGGGGAUUACAAUGUGAUUAUCGUUGAUUGGGCGGGUGGAAGUCUUCCUUUGUACACUCAGGCCACUGCCAACACUCGGCUGGUGGGGUUGGAGAUUGCGCAUCUUGUGAGGCAUCUUCAGACGAACUACGGCUUAGACACGAGUGAUGUACAUCUGAUAGGCCAUAGUUUGGGGGCCCACACGGCGGGUUACGCCGGAGAAAGAUUGGAGGGGCAAAUCGGAAGGAUAACCGGCCUCGAUCCUGCCGAGCCCUACUUCCAAGGCAUGCCCAGUCAUCUUCGCUUAGAUUGGGCGGAUGCCCAACUCGUCGAUGUCAUCCAUACUGAUGGAAAGAGCAUCUUUUUCCUAGGGCUUCCAGGUUACGGCAUGAGCCAGCCGUGUGGUCACCUAGACUUUUACCCAAAUAACGGUAAAGAACAGCCCGGCUGUACAGAUCUGAGUGAAACAACACCGUCUCUACCGUUGACCCUGAUUCGCGAGGGCCUGGAGGAGGCGUCGCGUGUUCUCGUUGCGUGCAACCACGUGAGGGCCAUCAAACUCUUCAUCGAGAGCAUCAACUCGAAGUGCCAGUAUGUGGCACACGAGUGCACCGAUUACGCCCGUUUCCUCAGGGGGGAGUGUUUUUCGUGCAAGAGUAACAGCAGUUUGAGCUGCGGAAUUAUGGGCUAUCACGCCGACAACAGUCCGGCUUUGGUGAAGAGAAUUUCCAUGGGACAGGACGCUUCCGCUUUGCUCGGAUCCAAGUUCUUUUUCUCGACGGGAAAGGAAGAUCCUUAUUGCCGGAGACAUUAUAGAAUAACCAUUAAUCUUGCCCGCCCCCCAACGGCCGAAAGUUGGGUCCAAGGAUUCAUGAAAGUGACUCUCCACGCUGACAACGGUGUCAUCAGAAAUAUGGAUCUAACACCGAAUGGGUACAUGAAAUUGGAGCACGGAACCACUCGCAGAAUAGUCGUAGCCCAUCCGGGAGGGGCUGCCAAUGAUCUCGGGAAAAUCCGCAGGGUCGAGCUCUCCUGGGCCUACGACAUGGACGUUCUCCAACCUCGGUCACUCUGCUUCUUCUGGUGCAACGACAAACUUUAUGUCGAUAAUAUUGUCGUGGAUAUGAUGGAGCUUCCAGGGAGAGGGAAGCGUGAAGCAGACUUCUCAAGCAAACUCUGUUCAGCCUCGCGCCAAGACUACGCCGAGAUAAACAGUGGCUCGAGCGCAUCCUUCGUCGAUAAUUGUUGAUGACAACGGAAACAUCACUUGGUCAGAAGCGUCUGAAGAUGAUCCAACUGUUGGGCCAGUUGGGGACGCCUCGAUUACUGGCAAUUCUCGAGGCAAAUCAAUCACCUUCACCGAUCGUUCGAUUCUUCGAAGACAGUAAGCAGUCUUCCUCCAAAGAAGUAUGUCAAUUUCAACAGUAACGAUGAAAUACAUCUCCGCUAAUGGAGACAACAAUGUGCACGUGCUCGGCAUGCUGAUAGUCAUGUGUGCUGGGCUGACAUUCAUGUGUAUUAAGUUAAUACGAGAAGCAAAUAGACGACUUUGAGGUGACUAUUCCCAGAAGUCAGAGAAUCAAAGAAUCUGUGGUAGCCGUUAAGACGUAUACGCUUAAUUAUUAUUAGUAUUUAGAUAUUUUCAUCAUCCCCAUUAGUUUCACUAAUAGCUUUUCCUUCUUGUGUUCAUUGAACUGUAGUACAUCACUGCAUAUUAUCUCGUACAUUUGAAAAACCUUUAACCCUUGUGAUAUUUUUUUUGUUUAUAAUAGUUUAGUGAUCCUCCAGCGUGAGGAACGAGUGAACUUGUGCGCUCGAAUAUUGUCUCUUUCUGUCUCCAUGUUAUGUACAU